AUGGACUGCCUGAGCUCUCAAGACUUCACAUUCUUUCUCGGCGUACUAGCUGGAAUUUUAACAAGCAUUGGAUAUUGGAAUGUGCUCAACAUUAUUAGAGAGAGAAAAUUUGAGAAGAAAAUAUCAGAUGAGUCUACGAAUCCGUUUAAGCUUAAUAAGAUGCCACUGUUGAUGAUAAGAAAAACGGUUCAACUCAUGAGUGUAUCGGAACGAAUCGAUCUAGCCUUCACCUCGCAACAAAUGAAGAGGAAAAUCCAAAAUUUGACAGCUCAAAUUCCGUAUUCUGUGCAUUUCAAAGGGGACGAAACGUAUAUUGAGAUGGAAGGGGAGGAUGUUAGAAUUCAUUCGACUCGAGAAGGAAACAACCAAAUAAUUGGAGAUGUGAGGCAGAAGAAGACGUUGAGUAAAUGGAUCAACGAAAACAACCCGAACCUCUCAUCCCUCAAGAACACCAUCAAUAACUUGAAUCGGAUCCAAGAACUAGUUCCACCAUGUCAUCUCACUCUUCAUUUCUACCCAAAUCAAAUGGAAGAAACAGAAAACAUUCCUGUGAUUCUGGAACUGCCAGAGUUUCGAAAUUGGGUCAAAAUCGUUCUCCAUGUGGAAGGAAUCAGGACUCUCGACACGGCGUUUCAAUGGUUAGAUGGUAACACGGACCUCGUUGUGGAUCAAUUUGUCAUAGGACGUCAACCCAGGAGACUUUAA